AUGAUACGGAAAGGGUUUGUUUACUGUGUGGUGGUGCUUUGGAGACACAGGAUCAUUUGUUUUUUGAAUGUCCUUUCUCUGCGUCGAUCUGGAGUAGGAUUAAGGACCAUCUCCGUGUUCCUGCGGCGCCUAUGGAGUGGACUCGGUUACUACUUUGGCUUAAUGUUACUUCUCUCGUGGCUUCCACCAAGUUUGCUUUGCUACAAGGUUGACAAGGAGCGGUUUACGAGAUUUGGAAGGAGAGAAAUCGAAGGCUUCAUGAUGGACUUACUCUUCCUGAUGGGAAAGUCUUCAGUCUUAUUCUCAGCUGUGCGAAAGAUAAAUGUCGAGCUAUGUCUUCCUUAG